AUGCAUUCAACAUCUCUUCGGACUUCGCAGUUCAGAUAUGAGAUCAAUGUCUCGUCUUCGCGUUGGGCUGGUCAUAUAAUGAGAACAGACGACAGAAACACUAAAAACUCUGGAAUGGAAUCCUCACAAAACGUCCUCGAGGUGGCCACCGACCAGAUGGGCCGACGUGUUCGUUGCAUGGAUGGACCAGCUAAAUUCUCAACUGGUAACGAAUAA